AUGCCAGUUACACAUCUUAUACCAAUUAUUUUCAUCAACCUGUCCUCAGUAGUCCAUGCAGCAAUCGACUUGAAAGAAUCUUACAUAGGAUGCUAUCGAAACAUCAGCUCAACGAAGACAGUUGCAUCAGUUGUUUCGGUUGAUGAAUGUUCACAGGAGUGCAAGUUAGAAAUUAACAACAUGAUUGCUUUGAAGAAUGGCGAGAAUUGCAACUGUAUUGAAAGGUUAGAUUCAGCAGUGGCUUCAUCCCAGUGUGAUGUUCCUUGCGACAAUAAAGAUGCUUGUGGUGGAAGUGAUUCAUAUUCCGUUUAUAAAAGCAAGCCACGAGUCAUGCACGAUGCAUAUGCAGGUUUUCUUUAUCGUCAGGCUGGUUAUAUAUUGGUGAUCUUACCAAAAAAUUACACUCUCGAGAUGUGCGCACAUUUCUGCUUUGAAACAAAUCACACAUUCUUUCAAACAAUCAAGGUAAACAAUUGCAGUUGUUUCGAGAAUCCAAAACUAGGAGUAGGUUUAGUAAAAAAUCAGUUGUGUGAAAAAUGCAACCAUUUUCAAAAUGAAGUUUGUAACUGUUAUUUUGAAACAUAUCAAUUAAUGAACACAAUAUUUACGACACGCUUCCAAUACGACUUCCAACGAGGAGUAUCGACUUAUUCUCACUGCAGAAACAGAAACAAAGGAAAUUACGAAAUAACUGCAAACUGUCCCGAUGGAUGCGAUCCGGGAUGGAGAGGUGAUUCAUGCAGAGAAAGAGAUUGCUCAUCAGGUGGAGGAGAUUGUCCCGUUGGAAUGGAAUGUAUUGAGUCCACGGUGAAUGGUAAUAAGUACGUUGAAUGCGUCUGUCCCCCUGGUAAGGUCAGAAACAAGUGGUACCAAUGUGAGGUUUUCAGGAAGAAUAUAGCUCUGAACAAACCACCUUAUUAUAGUUCGCAUAGGUCUGUAAAUGAACGUAUGCUUCCAUCAUUUUUAACUGAUGGCAUAUAUAGUGGAUAUUUUGUGUCACAUAUUUCUGAUUCAAUGCCAGCUUGGAUGGCAGUAGAUUUACUCAGUUUACACUGUAUUGGUUACAUUAGAGCAUAUAACAGAGUAAGCUCAACAGAGGACAUGUUAUCACAGAUGGACAAGUUUGUCGUUAGACUCAACGAAACACUCAACACAACUUCCCAAGACGACAUAAGAAACCAAACUAACUUGUGCGGAUAUGGACCAGAAAAUGCACUACAAGACGGAUAUCCCAUGAUUGUCUUAUGUAAAAACUCUUCCCUAUUUUCACAAUUCGUCAUCAUCCAACAAUCUGAUGAAAAAAUGCAUCAAGGCGUUACAUCACUUGCAGAGUUGGAAGUGUUUGAAGUUGGAUGUGGAUGUGAUAUCUUCAACGAAGAGUGUGAGAAACCGAAAUGUACCGAAGUAAUUGAAAUGGUACAACCAUCCUCAGAUGUAAAAAUCUUACUACUAUCACUCGAGCAUUUCAGAGAGAUACUCUUGAAACUUCACCCAAACCAUUUAUCGAUACGAACACGCUUAUACUAA